CUUCCUGUUUCAAAUUUCAGUUUUCGAGUAAUAUGAUAAUACAUGUAUAACCAAAAUGAUUAAUUCGACAUAUUCUGCUGCUUAAUGAUGACAACAUUAUCUUCUGAGAAUAUAGAUUGAUUACUAGAAGGGCAUGAAAUAUUCGGGUUACGAGUAAUAGGCGGUGUCCCAAGAACGCUAAUCGCGGUUUGCUCUUGGUGUUGGUUGGAGACCUAGUAAGCUGUGUUUGAUACGAUGGGAAAUUUACAAAAAGUAAGAGCAACUUGAAAGGAACUAUCACAAAGGAGCAGUCUAUUUUCCUCAAGAAAUAUCAUGUUCUGCUUGGAAUUGGAUCAGCUAUCUGUUCAAACUGCAGAAAACACUUAUCAUCAGGCAAACCAGAUGAACAUGUUGAAGUUUCAGUGCCAAAUGAGCAAAUCCCUGUAGAGCCAUUGUUAGAGAUUGACUAUGACAACAAUUUAGCUUUAAACAUUAAUGGAGAGAAAAGAGAAGACAAAUGUUAUAGUUCAGAUUCAUGUAAAAAACUUUUGAAUGAUCACCAAAAGGAAACAACAACAGAUGGUAAUAGUCAAACAGAGAGUGAAAGUAUGUGCUUUGAGACAGGUGACAGUCAAUAUUCAGAGGCAUCAGUUUGUAUGAUGGACAAAUUACAGAGGCUGAAUUCCUUCCUGGCAACAUCAGAUGUAUCACAUGUGAAGGAAAAUUGAUUCCAUUAUUAGAAUCUACACAUAAAACAAAGCAGAGAUGCGUGUCAAAAACACUGCAGUGUAUGUCCUUAAUAUGUGAAACCAUCUGCCCUGGAGAGGGAGACACUUUGAAAGAUUUGAUGUUUAAGUCUGUAUUUUCGGCACAUAAACCUGAAAAGUCCUCUACGCUUGAUGAAACAGCACUAAUACUAAAGGACACAUAUAAUUCUGCAGAAACAUGGACAUUAAGAAGACAAAUUAUAUCAGUCUUAUCCAGAAAUUACAGCUUUGAUGAGGUCAGAGAGAUGAUACCGGAUCUGACAAAGUACAGAUUUUAUGCUGCCAAACAGCACAGUGAUAAAGUAGGUUGUGGCCUCCCAGUGUCCAGAGAAAAACUAACAAGAAACAAGAUAGACAUAGCAGAGUUGGAACACUUCAUAGAUUUCAUCAUCAGCUCAGAUGUUGUAAAAGAUCUGCCUUUUGGUAUGAAGACUAUGAAGCUAACAUCUGGAGAAAUAGUCAAUGUUCCAAAUUUGAUAUCAAGCCUUGCACCGUCAUCCCUUGUUAACCAGUACAUCCAGUUCUGUGAUUCAGAAAAUGUUGGUCAUUUAGGAAGAAGUACAAUGUAUAAGAUACUUAAUGACUGUGCUGCUUCCGUUAGAAAAUGUGUUGAAGGACUUGAUUAUUACGUUGCAGAGGGUGGAAAGGCAUUUCAAGAUCUUGAAAUAAUCAUAGGAAAGCUUAGUGCAUCAAGUGAAAAGAAGAAAGAGUUGAAGUCAAAAUUGCUGAAUGGGAAGCGAUACAUAAAGUCAGAUUUUAAGGUACAUAUUCAAAAAGAGAAUGCUGUUCCAGAUCAUUGCCAAAUGUUUGCUCUAAAUGAUAGUGAAAAGUGCUUCUCCCAAAAAUGUUACACCCAACAUAAACACAGUUGUGUACAGUGUAUUGACUUGGCAGAUUUGUUAGCUGAAAUAAGUACUCUAACACAGGAUGGUACAUGGGACAAUAAAGAUUCCAUUGUAUUCCAGGUUGAAAAUGCUGUAGAAGCUAUAAAAGAUUGGAAAAGUCAUGCUAUGAGAGCUAGGAAUCAAGAAGGUGCAAGGCUAGAUCUAUUAAAGAAUUUGAAUGAAAAUCAAGCACUUAUCACAUGUGACUGGGCAAUGAAAUUUCUACCAUGCAAGUUUAGAGAAGGACAGUGUGACUGGUUCGCCAAACGUGGAAUCAACUGGCACAUUUCAGUAACUUUGUACAAACAAGGGGAAGAACUAAAGACAAUAACACAUGUACACAUUUUUUCAUCCCAGAUAUCUCAAGAUGGUUCUGUUACUGCUUCUGUGGUGUGUGAUGUAGUCCAUGAUCUGACAAAACAAGUACCAAACAUACAGGAGGUGAACUUCUUCUCAGAUAAUGCAGGAUGCUACAAGAACACAAUGAUGAUGGUAGCCCUUAGAGCUGAACUGGGGGAUAAGUUGAAAACGUACAACUUCAGUGAAGCACAGGAUGGCAAAGGUCCAUGUGACCGCAGGGCUUCACAUAUCAAGGCAUAUGUUAGAAGAUACAUUAAUGAGGGUCAUGAUGGCACAUCUGCAGAGGAGAUGAAAAAGGCUAUAGAGGUUAAACAGAAAGGAUCAUUUAGGGUUAGAGUCGUUGACAUUGUAACUAAUUUGGAGAAGAGAAGUCAAAGAUUAAACCAAUUACUGGAAUUACACAAUUGCAUAAUUUUUCCUUUGAUGUCAAUGGAAUAACAGUUUUGAAGGCAUAUGGAAUAGGAGAAGGAAAGCGAAUUUCAUGGGACAACAUUGGAACCACAGAGCAAAGAACCAAUCUGUUGGUUAAAGUUGAUUGGACAAUUGCUGCUCCUCAGUUGUUGGAAAUAGAAGUUAUGGCACAAGAAGAAGAACUUGUUGAACCAAUACGAAAAAACAAAAGAACUCCAUAAAUCAGCCAUAUGAUUGCCCAAAAGAUGGCUGCACAAGAGCUUUUAAAACUCAAUGUGCACUGGAGCAACACAUCAUUGUUGGUAAUUGUGAUUAUCACAAUGAAAAAACAACUCAAGAUAAAGCAAAAUCAAUGUAUGGGCAAAAGGUUAAUUCUUUGUUUGAAGGAACAAGGGUUCAACUUGAUUGCAACUUAAGUGACUGCCGUACUUCAGAAUCGGGAAGUGGAUGGGCACUGAAGAGUAAAAAGAAAAGAACAGUUUUUAGUCAAUCCAAAGUGAACUACAUGAAGGAAAAAUUUGAUAUUGGGAAGGUAUCGGGUAGAAAAGUGGAUCCAUUUCAAGCAGCUGAUGAGAUGAGACAGUUGCAAGAGGAGGGGAAAUAUGUAUUUUCCAGGAAGGAUUAUUUAACUGGGCAGCAGAUAACAGCCUAUUUUUCAAGGUUGGCACUUAAAGACAGAAAGACCGACCUUGAAGAUUUCAGAUCUGCCGAAGAGGAAACUAACAAAAGAUGCCUUAAACAAGAGAUUUUGGACAGUGUUUCUUUAUAACUGUGAUCAAUCACGACAAUGAACAGUUUCUCCCUAGAAUUAUAUAUAUGCUCAAUCAUCUAUUUUCAAUCAGCAAAUAUUGUAUCACAUGUUUUUAGAUAACACAUAUAUAUAAUUCAGUUUUAAUAUAUGUACUUUUAUGUUUUUUUGUUAAUUCUAGUAUGAACAUUUAAAGCCAAAUCUCAUUUUGUCAAGGCAAAAACUUGUUGAAAAUUUGACCUUGACCUUUAAAAGUUGACCUGAAAGUACGCUUUGAACCUUUCUUAACCUCUAAAUGACAUAUCCUGAUUUACUGACUAGCUGAAUUAAAGAAAACAAUUCAAUAAGACCUGUUAUAAUACUAGACUAAGACAAGACAAAAUAUUAUUUUUCUAUAUUUGAUCAUGUAAUUUCACCUUAACCCUUGACCUUGAAUUUUGUGGAAAUGACCUUGGUAUUUGACCAGUUUGAUUAAUAAAAACUAAUAUAUAAUGUCCUUCAAGUUAUCCUUAAUAUUAUCCUAUUAAUUGAAGGUAACAUGAAGAAAGUUAAAACAUAUCGGGAAGUGGAGUAAUUUUUUUCUAGUUAUUUUUUUUUUUAUUUUGACCUUGACCUUCGAUCUUGAUUUUUUGAAUCUGGCAAGUCUUAUUUGGAUUUCUUUCUUUAUAGCAAUAAACAAUGUAAAUAUAUAUUAUUAACAUUAAACAACAGCCAGGAAUAUCAUUGGAAAUCUACAAAUUUUGUCAAAAUUGUAAAUAUUUUAGAUCUUUGACAUUGACCUCUGACCUUGACCUUUGGAGUAUUGAUCUUAAAUUCCUUAUCAAUCUUUUGCUUUUCAUAUCACUCAUUUGCCUAUCCUUUUUGAACAUUUUGGUUAAUAAUUGAAAGUAAAAAAAUUAAAAAAAACAUUACUUUGAUAUGUGUCAAAUGCAGAAAAUUUGCAACUGGGUGGGGGCUUUUUGGGGUUCAUGUUUCACUAUAAAUACUUCUUACCCCACUAUAUUUUUUUUUAUUUUGGACAGCAUAAUAAUAAUUUUCUUUAAAAAGAGUAAUAACUUUAUCACUGAUUUGGUGCAUUUUUAUAUAUCAGCCCUAGAAAACCAUUCAAAAUUUAACAUUUCAAAAAAAUGAAAAAGGGGGUGACCUUCUAUAUUUUUUUUAUCGUAAGGAAAUAUUGAAAUUUAUCAAUAGAUAUAUUUAUGUCAUGAUUAAACUUCAUUAAGUUCAUGUUUUCUUUGUUACUGCCCUAUCAGUUAUGCAUAAUGAGAAUUGAAUUACAGAAAAUGGCAAAAAAAAAGGUAUUUUUCCAUGUAAAAUGGACGAAAAUAAGCAUGAGUGGUUACCAUGGCAACCAUACUGAAACUUUGAAUGUUUAUAUCGUUUAAGUUAUUGUAGGUUGGUUAUAGAUUCUGUCUACAAGUAUGACCCAAUUCAGAGACUAUGCAUGUCUGGCCCCCUCAUUAAAAUUCUGGUCCUUACAGAGAAUUCUUCUUUAAAAAUUUUCACUUUCAAUUUUACAGGGAUGUAUUCCAGAUGCAGAAAAGAACUUGUGCAAAGAAUGGCAGAGAAGGAAAAAAGAUUUGAACCACAUAUUUCACAAAAUGAAGCUCAUGGAGAAGUAACACAAUGCAAACAGACAGCCAGGGGUGCAAAAGAAGCUGGAAAUAUUCAGAUUGAUGAGGUUAAAUAGUCAAUGUGUUCAAUCACAUUUAGGAAUAUUUGCAAACAGACUGCAUUAGCAAGGGUAGCAUGGAUGAAUGCAUAUCAGAAACUGUGUAUUCACAGUUAUCUCAAUAUUCAGAGUGGCAAGAUUCACAGGAAAGUCCAUCUAGAAAAAGGAAAAUUGCACGGAACACAUUUAUAGAAACAUUAGAUAUAAGUCCUGUGAAAAUGACUUUAACUGUUGACUUUGAUCUUGCAUCUGAGAGGACAAAAAUGAUUAUGUCAGGAAAGCAAAAAGACAAACAGGCGUUGACCAGUUAGCGGUUUCAGUGGAUGCUGGUUGGCGGAAAAGGGGAAGUGGAAAAGCAUAUGACAGCUUGUCAGAACACUGUUCAAUGAUUGGAAAAUACACUUGUAAGAUUACCAACUACAAAGUUUGAGCAAGAUCAUGUAGGGUGUGUUCAAGUGCAUCAAGCAGAAAUGAAACUGCUGAAGAUCAUGACUGCAGAAAAAACUGGGAUGGUUCAGCAAAAGCCAUGGAGCAAGAUAUGACUGUGGAAAUGGUCUCUGAGUGCAAUGAAAAGGGUUUUAGAACAGGAACUGUUAUAGGAGAUGAUGAUUCAACUACAAUGUACUAUAGCAAGACUGAGACGUCAUGUAGAUGCUAACAUAAAGAAGAUAUCUGACAAGAACCAUGUGAAAAAAAACUUUAGUAAAACUCUGUAUAAACUUCAAAAUGCAAACAAAAGCUUGACGUCUACAAUUAAUCAAAUACCUAAAGAAAUGGUUUAACUAUGUCAUUGCACAAAACCAUGGAAACGCCAUUGAAAUGGAGAAAGGAUUGAAAUCUUUAUCAAGGCACCCCCUUGGAGAUCACAGCAUGUGCAACAAGUCCUGGUGUCAUUUUGUAACAAAUCCACAGGAGGUCUACAAAUCUUUAUGAAUGGAAAACCCAUACAAGAUCAAAAGUUGAAGGAAACAUUGACAGAAGUCUUUGAUUCGUAUAUCAAUUAUCUUGAGGGUUAUUAACUUUGUAAUACUUGUGGAAGAAAAUAACGUCUUGCUAGUUGAGAUGCUUUAUGAUCGUAAGAUGAUAAGAUACGUAACAAUAGCGUUACGUUACAUUACAAUAGUGUGCGCGAAAGUACGGGAAACAAUUACAUAACAUAACGUUCUUAAGUCUCUUGGCCUAUAUUCACGACAUCAAUCAUGCAGAAAAGUUAGCAUCAUUAGGAAGCACACAAGCUAAGGAAAGUUUUAAUAAAACAGUUGGCUCAAAAGCACCAAAAUCUCAUCAUUACAGUGGAUCAGCUAGUUUGAACUACAGGGUUGCUGGAAGUUUAUUGCAAAAGAAUAUUGGUUACACAUACGUAUCAUUGGUGAGAAUAAAGGUCCAUAAACGAAUGGGAUUGUCUACAGGAGCACAUACCAUGCGCCUAGCAAAACUGAAAGACUUACAAAGUAGAAAGAGAAGAGCAAUUGCCACUACAAGAAAAGCAAAGAUAAAGAG